AUGGCUCCCGUAAGCCCAAUACGGACUUGUGCCAUUUUGUGGCUGUUCUGUGCGAUAGCCGUCAGAGCGGAUCAUGGCGAUAACUCGACUACAACCACGACCAAGACGAUCCGAACGACCAUCCUGCCUUCACGGACCACACGCACAGAACUGAAGGUCUCCAGAAGUCUGAACCCUCACGAGACACAGACCUUAAAUGUGAGGACCAAGUCGGGUCAUGUGACACAACUGAUUGUCAAGAAGAAAGAUGGAAAAACGACGACACAAGGCUCCAGUACAACACCAGUACCUACAACCAUAUCAGUCAGGACUACCCUCACAACCUCAAAGGCAAACAUAACAAAUGAAAAUAAAAACAAAACCGAAGGACGGGGGAAGCCAGAGUCCGACCCAGAAACUUAUAACUACUAUCCAACUUACGAUAACGAAAAGAAAACGGAGAAUAAAAAAGUUUAUAUAACAUCAAAGAGUUACACGGACUACAGCGGCCCUAUUAAGAGCUACAGGUUCGAUCCUCACAAUCCGGUUAUAAAGAAUGACAGAAACCCUGUCUAUAUAGAAGUUGUUAGUACCAAGGUGUCCGAUGAAGAUACGAAACCGAUAAAAGUUCCUGACCCAGUAGUUAUAAGCUCGGAGCCCAUGUAUUUAAAGAAAGCUGUCGACAAAUACAAUAAUAAACGUGGCAGGUCCAUUCUUACUUUGGGUGAUGAUGGUAUUCCGGAGAUACAAGGAAUAAGAAUGCCAGACGAUGAAUCUGACAAAAAAACAUGGAGAAAUGCGAGAGUUGUCAACGGCGAGUUGAUACCCUACCCCGAAGGUUACACACCACCGAGAGCUAUCCCCGAGGCCGAUGUUUAUCCUGAUAUAGCGGCGGAAGAACCAUCACAAAACUUGGGACCGUUUACGAAGGAGGACAAUUUUGAACCAGUGGAUGGCCCGUUCACAAAGUUUGAUAACAUGAAAUUUGAAAACCAAGACUUUAUUCCCAGCUACUCGUACAAGCCUAAAGAAGAACAAGACUUCGUCAAAACUGGAUACGGUCCAUUCACGAAAGCCGACAACUCAAAGGUUGCUAAUUCCAAACUUAUUGAGUACAUCAAACAAAUAAAUGAACAGGAAUCUAAACGGGACUACUUUAGUGGAAGAAGCUCGAGAGCUCAUAACGGCGACUUGGACUACGCUGAGAGUCACAUUCAACGAAGAAUGUUACAACACCCAGGAGAAGCCAACUUCCCAAACUCACUCAUGUACACUCCGAAUGACGCCAAGCCUGAUUUUGAUGAAAGUGUAAGAAAUCCUGUUUUACAAUAUGCUCAUCCGGAACUUGGAGUUCAGCCCGCUAAAGCUGGAAGAGACAACCCCGAAAACUACGAAAAUAAGGAACGAAAAGUAAAGUAUUACACGAACGUACCAAAGAGCGCUCAUCCUUAUCCGAUGGAACCCAUCAACGGAUACAAUCAACAACGCAGCCAAAACACAGGAAUCAGCGCCAACAGGUACUAUGAGGAUGAAUAUAAUAAGUUCUCAUACUACGAUCACUCUCACAACAAGUACCCUUACGGUUACGGCUAUGUCAAACGUGCUCCCGAACCAUCAUUCUGGCAAAGAAUUACGGAUUCAAUGAAAGACACCAUCAAUACUGCAAGCCAAACGGUACACCAGUUCACGAGACCGCUUAUUGACCCUAUAGCGAGGGUCACACAGCCCGUUUUAGAUCCCAUCGUUGAAGCGACCCAUAAAAUAUCUCAUAACUUGGGUCUGUACCCUUCGAAUUCCAUCCAAAGUCAGAGAUACGCUCAGGAUAAAAUUGGAGUAGCUGCAGCAGCCGGAGCGCCCGCCAUGUUACCAGCUUUGGGUUUAAUGGCUGGUGGUGCUGCCCUCGGACUAGGCGCUGUGGCCGUCGGUAAACUACUCGACGUCAACAUCAUGCGCAGUGGAGGAGAAGACAUACAGGACGAUCUCGACAAAGAACACAAAAGAGCUUUUAUGAACGCGCCAUAUGACAUCGAUAGGAAAAUAUUAAGCAGACAGAAGUUUUACGACGACAACUACAAGAUGCCGAGCGAGAACGUGUACGUGGUGAUGUCACCAGAAGACAGUGAUGUGGGUCGGUCGAAGAGGAACACCGUGACCUAUUACGAUCCUUAUCAAAACUUUGUACGAAGGAGGCGGAGUGUGAAAAGAUCUCUGGGAGACGACAUGUCGGGUGAUUUACAAGAUUUGGAGAGCGUUUCUGGUUCCUCGAGCCUGACCUCCGCAGCCAUGGAGCUGGUCAAACAGACGGACUGGAGGGACUCACAGUGCGCUAAGUUCACGUUCUGUAAAGUGUUAACCUCGCAGUCCUCCGACUCGUUGUUCGGUAUGGAGAAGAAAAUGGAAUCUCUUCUUAAAAUGAUAUCUCGCGGGAACGCAGCGGGCGCGGCGGCAGUGGCCCAUCAGCUCGGUGAUGUAAUGUCAGCCAGUAGAGACCACGACUGUUACAGAUUCCAUUGCGACACUCUCUGA